GAUCCAAUUGUUGUUUAAAUGACGCAUAGCUUUUGCAAAAUGUUUCUUCCUUCGCCAUCUCACAUUUUCUUAUGCCCUUUUAUAAACGUCCCCUGCUUUCCUCUGUUUUUUCCAUCUUCUUCUCUCCUCAUUAAUUCACACCUCUUUAUAAAUACAUUCAUAUUAUAUGAUUCUCAUCCUUCUUAAUCAAGGUUGGUCCAAAUUUCACCUUAUUUUAAUUCAUAGGAGUUAUUCCUAGUUUGGCUUAAAAAAAAUACAAAAUAAACUUGUUGUAGCAGCAAAGAAUGGAUAAAUCUUCAAAAGGAGGAGAAAAAAGUGAUGUAAAGAAAGAAAAAAAAGGAAGUAAUAUAGAAAAAAGCUAUUUUGAUGUGUUGGGAUUAUGCUGUUCAUCAGAAGUUCCAUUAAUAGAGAAAAUACUGAAACCACUUGAAGGAGUAGUUGAAGUUUCAGUGAUUGUUCCUUCUAGAACUGUCAUUGUUGUGCAUGAUACCCUCCUUAUCUCUCAACAUCAAAUUGUGAAGGCUUUGAAUCAAGCUCGGCUAGAAGCAAACGUGAGAGUAAUCGGGAAAGCGAGCUACAGGGGGAAAUGGCCUAGCCCUUAUGUUAUUGCUUCAGGACUGUUGCUCUCACUGUCGUUUUUGAAGUACGUAUACCACCCUUUUCAAUGGCUAGCAGUUGCAGCGGUUGCUGUUGGAGUUUGGCCUAUUCUCAUGAGGGGUGUAAUUGCAAUAAAAAAUUUUACCCUCGAUGUCAACAUUCUUAUGCUCAUAGCAGUGGUAGGCACACUUGUGAUGAGAGAUUAUACAGAAGCUGGUACUAUAGUUUUUCUUUUCACCAUCGCGGAAUGGCUCGAAUCAAGGGCUAGUCAAAAGGCAACCGCGGUUAUGUCAUCACUUUUGAGUAUGACACCUCAACAAGCAACUAUAGCAGAAACAGGAGAAGUUGUGAAUGUGAAAGAUGUUAAGCUGAAUACUGUUCUGGCUGUUAAGUCGGGCGAGCUUAUACCAAUUGAUGGAGUGGUUGUGGAAGGAACUUGUGAAGUUGAUGAGAAGACUUUAACCGGGGAAUCAUAUCCUGUUCCCAAACAAAAGGAUUCUACAGUUUGGGCAGGAACUGUUAAUGUAAAUGGUUAUGUCAGCGUAAAAACAACUGCCUUAGCCGAGGAUUGUGCAGUUGCAAAAAUGGCAAAGCUAGUAGAAGAAGCGCAAAACAAUAAAUCUAGUGUUCAGAGGCUAAUUGAUAGAUGUGCUAAGUAUUAUACACCAGCUGUUGUUUUAAUAUCAGCUGGUAUAGCGGUAGUUCCUGUUGCAAUGAAACUUCAUGAUAAGAAGCAUUGGUUUUACUUAUCACUGGUAGUUUUAGUGAGUGCAUGUCCUUGCGGACUUAUCCUUUCGACACCAGUUGCAACUUUUUGUGCACUUUCAAGAGCAGCUACUUCAGGGCUUCUGAUAAAAGGGGGCGAUUACCUUGAAAUUCUUGCCAAAAUUAAACACAUCGCCUUCGAUAAGACUGGAACUAUAACAAGGGGUGAAUUCACCUUGACAGACUUUCGUUCACUUGCUGAUGGUGUUACUCUGACAACGCUAGUAUACUGGGUGUCAAGUAUCGAAAGCAAGUCCAGCCAUCCUAUAGCAGCUGUACUUGCUGAUUAUGGGCGACCUCAAGGCAUUGAACCGAAGCCUGAAAAUGUGGAAGACUUUCAGAAUUUUCCAGGAGAAGGGGUUUUCGGUAAGAUUGAUGGAAGGGAAAUCUACAUUGGAAACCAGAAGCUAGGCCGAAGGGCCAACUGUACAGUAGCUUCAAAUAUUGUUCAUGGUGAUGAUAGUAUAAAGGAAGCGCGAACUUGUGGUUAUGUUUACUCUGGAGGAGUUCUUAUUGGGACUUUCAGUCUCUCAGAUGAUUGUCGAUCAGGGGCUGCUGAAGCAAUUAGAGAGUUGAAAUCAAUGGGCAUAAAGACUGCUUUGCUCACUGGAGAUACCCAGUCUACAGCGAUGCGUGCACAAGAACAGCUUGGAAAAACUUUAGAUGCAGUUCAUGCAGACCUUCUGCCUGAGGACAAGGCAAGAAUUAUAAAGGACUACAAAAAAGACGGACCUACAGCCAUGGUAGGCGAUGGUGUUAAUGAUGCUCCUGCAUUAGCUACUGCAGAUGUGGGUAUCUCGAUGGGAGUUUCAGGCUCAGCGCUGGCAACAGAGACAGGGCAUGUGAUUCUCAUGUCAAAUGACAUUAGGAAAAUACCGAAAGCUAUUAAGCUUGCAAGAAAAACCCGCAGAAAAGUAAUUGAAAACAUAUUUAUUUCUAUCAUUACCAAGGCUGGAGUCAUUGCUUUUGCCAUUGCAGGCCAUCCACUUGUCUGGCUGGCAGUUCUAGCUGAUGUCGCGACAUGCUUGGUUGUGAUCUUUAACAGCAUGCUUCUCCUACGGGGAUCAGGCCAUGCACAUGGCAGUAGCCGGUGCUUUGGAAUGUUCUCAUUGUGUCAUUCUCAUAAGACAGAACACCAUCAUUCUAAGACAAGUCAGCAAUGUUGCUCCAAAACUGCAGUGCCUCAUUGCUCGGCUACUCCUUGUCACACGGCUAAACCUAAGUCAUGUGGGUCUUCAAAAUGUUCUUCUCAGAGUCACUCGGCUACUCCUUGUCUGACGACUAAUACCAAGUCAUGUGGUCCUGCAAAAUGUUCUUCUCAGAAUCACUCGGCUAUUCCUUGUCAGACAGCUAAUACUAAGUCAUGUGGUCCUGCAAGAUGUUCUUCUCAGAGUCACUCGGCUACUCCUUGUCAAGCGACUGAAACCAAGUCUUGUGGGCCUGCAAAAUGCUCUUCUCAGAGUCACUUAGCUAAUCCUUGCCAGACGACUAAUCCUGAGUCCUGUGAAUCUGCUAAAUGUUCUUCAGAGAAUUGCGUGACUGCAUGUCAGACUACCGGCAGUAAAUCCCAUUCCAGUGUUAGUUAUGUGAAUCCAAUUGUCGGAGCACAUGUAUCUGAAUGCUGUCAACCAACUGAUCAACCGCAUUAUCAUGCAGAUGCUCAUGACACACAUGAUGAACACUGUCAUUCAACUGAUCAACCGCAUUGUCAUGCAGAUGCUCAUGACAAACAUGAUACACACUGUCAUUCUGCAGAUGCUCAUGACACACAUGAGAAACACUGUCAUUCCCCUGAAUGCGCAUCAGAGUGUGAGUCCAACGAUCCCCAUAGCUCAAGUAUUUGUGAAGGGAAUGUAUGUUCUGAUGACGAUCAUUGCCUUGACUUGCUUGAAAGUCAGGCUGGUUCAUGUAUCAAACAUGAUCACUUGGAUUCUGAGAAGCAUCACCAUUCGGGGGUAAAUGAACAUCAUCAUUUUGAACAGAAGAGUUCGUGUUGUGAAGUCAAUGAUGGGGCGAACAAACUGAAAUCCCUAGACACAAAUGAGAUAAGUCCUGUACAGUGCAGUUCUGUUAUUGAUGUACUGCACAGCAAGCAUAUGGACUCGAAACACGAACAUUGCUCAAAAUCCCAUGAUGUUCAUGUAGCACAUCAUCAUCACCACCACCACCGUGUUUUGUCACAUGGAUCAUGCCAUGCUAAUGCAGUUGCCAAGCACGCGUGUAGCAGUUUGAGAAAGAGGGAGGUUGGGGCAUGUUGCAAGAGCUUCAGGAAGGAGUGUUGCAGUGGUCCACAGAGUCAUAUUGGACCUGCUUUUGGAGGGCUUACAGAAAUUGUAACUGAAUAGUACAAAGCGUGUUAUGAGUAGAGUAAAAUUAAAAUGGGGUUAUUUUCGGUUUUUUUUUUUUUUUUUUUUUUGAUGGGUGUGGGAGCUAUGACAUUCAACCUUAAUUUUCUAUAAAAAGUUGAAAAUUUGGUUGUCUUUUGUAGGUAGCCCCUUUUUUUGGCCAAGUUAGCCAGGGGAACAAUUCUAACAUGUAAAUUUGAAGGAGCAAGUUCAGAUUGAUGCUGCUACAUUCAGCCUUGAUUUCUCA